UGCUACGGUAACAUAAACAAUAAUAUAACCGUUCACCGGUUUUCAUUAUGUUAUGAAGUGUUUUCAAUAAAAAUUGAAAAUGAGCUUGAGUGAGCAGAUGAAGUUUAUUGUUCAGGAACUGAACAAGGAACCAUUUAACAAAUCGUAUAACCUCAUAUCAUUUGACUCCCUUGAGCCUCUGCAGUUACUGCAAGUUUUAAAUGAUGUCCUGGCUAUUAUUGACCCUAAGCAAAAAAUGGAUAUUCGUGAAGAGGCACCAGAUCAAACAGCAGUAAGGAUUUUCCAAGUCCUGCGAGUCCUGAAGUACAAGCCUCCUGAUCAUGUUAACAUGAGCCAGUUCCGGGCAGGAAUUGUGCAAGGUGAAAAACCUAUACUUUUCCCAAUCCUUGAAUGGCUGUUACAGAAAGUUCCAGAACUCCAGAAAAGAGCUUACCUUGCAAAGUUCCUUGUGAAGAUUGAAGUACCAGCUGAGAUCAUGCAAGAUGAAGAGGUUAAUGGCAUUUACAUGCAGUAUGAAGAGCUUAUGGAACAGUUCAAAGAACUGCACAAACAGUUUGACCAGUUAAAAAACUCAGGGUUCAGCACUUCAGAGAUCAGGAAAGACAUAGCUAACAUGGAGGAAGAAAAAGAACAACUAAUAAAGAGAAUAGAAAGACUAAGAAGGAAGGUUGAAUCCCACCCCAACUCUACAAAAAUGAUGACGGUUGCCAAAAAUUUGCGCAUUGAAAGAGAUAGAGAGAAGAAACUGGCAGUACAAAAACAGGAGCAACAAACCACGAUAACCCAUUUAGAACAGAGGAUCAAACGUCUUGAGGCCCAGCUAAGGGACAUGAGACAAGCUAGUAUUGGAGCAACACCCUCAUCCAUGAUACAAAAACUAGAGGAAGAAACAAGAACAAAUGGCUUUAUUGUUAAAGAGCAGUUGCCAAAAGACAUAACUCAGAAGAAGAAAAUGAUACAGAAUCUUCAAAAGGUUGUGUCAGUUCAGGCCAUGGGGAACGAUGAUCUCUUAGAGCUAAAUUCAAAGAUCUCUGAGUUGAAUGCUGAAGUGAACCAGUUGAUAGAAAAAAGAAUGAGAAGUGGGGAGCCAGCAGAUGACAAACUCUCCCUCUUUAGACAGCAAGCUGGCAUCAUAGCCCACAAGAAGCUGGGAGCAGCAGAGACAUUGAGGUCUAUUAGGGAUGAGUUCAACCACAUACAGCGGGAGCUAGAGCAGAAAAGGGAUGUGGUUAGCACUGCGGAAGGGGCAGAAGUGCUGAAAGGUGAAGAUUUCAAGCGCUAUGUGAACAAGCUGCGCAGCAAGAGUACAGUUUAUAAGAAGAAACGUGCUGAGCUGGCUGAACUGAGGGCUGAGGCUGGUGUGUUGUCAAGGACUGAAGAAAUCCUAAAACAGCGCAAUGAGCUCAUCAACAGACAACUGUCAGUGCUGGAGAAGAAGAAAGGCGUGGCAGGCUACAGAGAGACACAGGAAGAGCUGGAGAAAGUCUCCAGCAUGAAGAGUGAGCUGGACGAGAUGAAGGGGCGCACCCUGGACGACAUGUCCGAGAUGGUUCGCCGACUCCAUGCCGAGAUUGCUGAUAGAAGAAACACCUUAGCUCCCAUCCUGCGUGAGAUCAGACCUCUGAGGGAAAAAGUCAGAGAGUUGAACCCUGAGUAUGAGAGCAAGAAACAGGUGUAUGAGAGACAGCAGGCAGGGUUUGAUAGCAACAUGAGUAAACUACAGCAAGAGGUUAAAGGUUACAAGGAAGAAUGCAGAGCUGAAGAGUCAAGAUACCAUUACCUUAACUGUAUGAUGAAGAUCCUGCAGGUCCAGCAAGCAAGAGUGGCCUCAGAGAUGAAAGCCUAUGUCUCAGCUGAUGCACAAGAGAAGAAGAAAACUUUUAGAGAGGUCUACUCUAAGAAGAUUCAAGAACAGGAAAAUUUGAGCAGGGGCUUAAGGGAGAGGCAGAAGACAGUACGAGAAAACCAUGAGCCUAACAUGAAACAGAUGAAAAUGUGGAAGGACCUUGAGAGACUGCUGGAGUGCAAAAAACAGUGUCUAGAUCAGCUGUCCAGUAUUGGAGCCAGCACUGGAGCCAAUCUGAUGAUGGGUGGCUAUGGUGAAUCUGCCCCCACACUCCUGGAGGAUGACAGGCUUGUUUUAUAAUUACUGCUUUAUCUGUUCAUUCACUUUUUAACAGUAGAAGAUCUAUUAUGGUAAAUGUUUGAAAUUGCUGGCAAAUUGCUAAACAGCAUAAAAACAAUUUAGUUAUUUAAACUUUACUGUUACAAUGCACACAUUUAUAAUUUGAAUUUGAUUUCAUAUCGUAAUUAAUUUAAGAAUUAUUUUUUUCGCUUUCUCAUUGUAUCAACAAACACAUGAAAAUGUUUACUUCUUGAAAUAGUAACAAAAUAUUUGACUUAAUCUUAAGCUUGUUGAAGAAAUUAAUAAGUUCAAGUUAAGCCAUAUAAAGAGCCAUCCAUUAUAUUUUUUUUGUCAGUAUUGGAAUAAACAACAUUAACACACUAAAAUUCCUGGUAUAAAUUGCCUAUAUAAGUUUUCUUUUUGAAGAAAACAAACUUUGUGCACUCAACUGAAUCCGUCCAUUCCUUGAUGACAUGUUAUUUAAUUAGUUUUAAAAUUUAUAUUUGAAGUAAUUGUGUUGUUAAAUUUAAACAAGUAAUUUGUAAUUUAAGUAUAUGUUUAUUUUGAAACCUGCUUUUGCAGUAAUAUAACUAAGAUGCUGGAAUUUAAACAUUUUGAAAAUGAAAUGUUUUAUCUUAUUUAACCAUUACCAAAUUAAAUGAUAGGAUCUGAUUAUUAUUAUGCUAUAGUUUUUAUGAAAAA